AUGGGGACCAAGCAGUGCCCGGUCACCAUCAUUAUUUUCUGGGAGAUUAUAUAUCACCACUUCCUGGUGGACAUCUGGUAUGGGAAAAUCACUUCCAACAUGGAACUAGAAGCAGAUGAUGGAAAGAGGCUUCCAGCCCUAACGGUGUUCUCAGAAAGUCUGCGGUACAUGAAGGAUCAUGCUCUGAACACCAUACAGGAAGCCUCAUACCAAGCUGUCUAUGACACUGAUGAUGUCACCUGGGUCGUUACUGUUCCAGCCAUAUGGGAUGCUUCUGCCAGGCAGUUCAUGCGACUGGCAGCUAAAGAGGCAGGCCUCAUCGGUGACAUGCUUUCUGAGAAGCUCAUCAUUGCUCUAGAACCAGAAGCCGCCUCAAUCUGGUGCAAGCAGCUCCCACAGGAAGGCUUUGUGGCAGAAGGUGGUCACAGACAAAAGUUUGAGGAGUCACCAGGAACCCAGUAUGUCGUGGUGGAUUGUGGAGGUGGCACCAUCGACAUCACAGUACAUGAAAUCCAAAAGAAUCAAUCCCUGAAAGAAUUACAUAAGGCAUCGGGAGGAGGAUGGGGAGGCAGCACAGUGGAUGAAAACUUCAAAGAGUUCCUGAAGGAGAUCUUCCACGAAGGAGUAUGGGAUGAAUAUGCGCAGAAUCACCCAACAGAAUGCCAGCAGAUGAUGUACAACUUUGGGCUUCAAAAAUGCUCUUCCAGCAAAGAUGAUGUCUACUUACAUUGCUACCAUAACCUCACAAGAGUGGCAGAGCGCAAGUACAGAGACAUCUCCCACUUCUUCAAGGAUGUGGAGGGAGCUGAGUGGUGUGAUGGGACUAUCAUGAUUACAUAUGAAAAAAUGAAGAGCUUUUUUGCCUACAGUAUCAGACAAACCAUUGAUGCCUUGCUGGAAAUCCUCAGCAAGCCUGAGAUGACCAUGGUCCAAUAUAUUUUACUGGUCGGAGGCUUUGCUUCCAGCAUUAUCCUGAGGGAGAAGAUCUAUGAGACCUUUAGGAAGCAGUACCAUAUCCUGUGUCCACUGGAAGCUCAGGCAGCUAUUGUAAAGGGGGCAGUUUUAUUUGGGCACAAUCAGCAAAUUGUUGCCUCGAGAAUCAGCGCUCUGACAUAUGGAGUAGCGGUAUGUGAGACAUUUGAUAUUGCUGUCCAUGACACACAGAAAAAGAGAGUCUCAAAAGCAGAUAAUUAUGAAUAUUGCACAGAUCUCUUCAAGAAGCUGGUGGGAAUUGGGGAUUUGGUGGCGGUAGAUGAGGUUGCCAGUUAUACUUUCACUCCCGUGGAACCAGAUCAGACAAGUGUGGCUUUCGGUUUCUAUUGCACAGAAAAGAAGGCUGCGAAGUACAUAGAUGAGAAGGGGCUAAAAACACUCGGCACCUGUACUGUGCCAACUCCAAACACAGAGCUGGGGAGAAACCGCCAACUGAGACUGGAUAUCAAAUUUGGGCUAACGGAGUUUAAAGCCACAGGCACUGAUGUCACGUCUGGUGAAAAUCAGACAGUUAUGAUUGAUUUUUUAACAGCAUAA